AUGAAUAAAAACAAGUUAUGUUUUGAAUGCGAACUUCUGAUGCAUUUCAUACAAAACGAAAUAUACGAUUACCAGAACGAACAGGAGAUCGAAGACUUCAUUGAACACAAACUCUGCACUCGAAUGCAAAUUGAGAUCGAAGACUUCAUUGAACACAAACUCUGCACUCGAAUGCAAAUUGUUAUAACAAAGGAGGCGUGCGAUACGUUUGUCCAACAAUAUGGGCCCCAAAUUCUGAAUCUCAUCGCUCAGAAGCUCUUUGAUCCGACCACUGUAUGUCAAAAGGAAAUGCAUAUGUGUCCCAACACUACCACCGCUGUUCCCGUCGAGACUAUUCAACCACAACAAGACUUUCAACUCACCCGACAGACCGAGAAGUGUGAUCUAUGUGUACAACUCGUACAACAGAUGGACAAUUUGCUUGAAAACCCAGACGUGGACAAAGAGAUUGCAAAAGUAGUUGAGAAGGCCUGCCAUCCCCUGUCCAGAGCUCGAAGGGUUGAGUGUGAACUAAUGGUCGAGUCUUUUGCGCCAUACUUUUUGCAAAUGAUUGGACGCAUGAGUGACGCGAAUCAGAUCUGCAAAACAAUCGAUAUGUGCUAUACUAGUGGAGGUGUGCACCUCUUGGGAGGACACAAAUGCACAUUUGGACCCACCUAUUGGUGCCAUACUAUAGCUCACGCGGAGUCUUGUAAAGCAACACAUUUCUGUAAAAACAAAGUAUGGAAAGCAAUGCCGUGAAUAACGACUACUUUUCUCCACAAUUACUCAAAAAAGUCAAUAAUAUUUUUGGUCACAAAUGCAUAACCAAUAUUUGAUUACUAUAUAUGCUGUAUAUUAUAUAUGAUUAUUAUCAUAAAUUUUUAAUAGAUAUUUGUGUUACAGACUAUUCUCUACGAAAGACAACUACUAAUUAGUGAUAAUUUAUUAUAUAGACUAAUAAGUCAUUAAAAAUUAGUUUUUUACAAAAAUUAAUAAAUAAACGUUUUUCAUAA